AUGCCUGAACCAGAUAAGCACGCCGCUGCGCAACAAGCCGUAGAUAUCCUCCAUGAGAUCUCUACUAUCCUAAACUGUCACCUCGACCGCCGGACUCUAUCCAUCUGCAUCUCUAUGAUUGAGCGUGGAGUGAAUCCAGAGGCUUUAGCGCAAGUUAUCAAGGAGCUCAGACAAGAGGCCCAGCAACCUGCAGCCGCGGCAAGACGACGUUAA